UCGGAACCAAACGCCCCUUAGUUAUUUGCAAAAAAUAGGCACUUUAUUUUAGUUGUAAAAUUGUAUUUAGAAAAGCAAAACAAAUUUGAAAAUAUAAUACUGCAAAGGACAAGACGGUGAUAUCAGCUGUAAUCAGUGGCAUAUAAUUAUUGUUCCACCUAUAUAAUGGGCCUAAUACCUCAUGAUUUCUUUCACGUUGAGAAAAACACACACAACGUGUAUAGAAAAGGAAUUACAGAGCGUUACGUGUCCUAGGGUUUCAGCUUCUUCUUCCGCAGCCGCAACCACACAAAGCUUGAUUUGUCCUAGGUCGUCGAUUUACGUUUUAAGGGUGACUGUUUACGCCGAAGCCUAAAUCUUUAUUGAUAAAACAAAUUCAUGAUCUAAUGGAGUCAAAGGGUGGGAAAAAGAAGUCCAGUAGUAGUAAAUCCACAUUCUACGAAGCUCCCCUUGGAUACAGCAUUGAGGACAUUCGACCAAACGGAGGCAUCAAGAAGUUCAGAUCUGCUGCAUACUCCAACUUUUACCCCCACCGUAACUUUUCCGAAGAAGUUUCUGUCCUCGACGAAUAUUUUCGAAAUCUCGGCACAAGCAAGGCCUACGUUAUAGGAAAUUCUGACGAAUGCCGUAAAUGGCACGUGUACUCGGCCUUUGCCACGUCAGUCGAAGCUUCUUCUUCAGACCCUGUUUACACUCUCGAGAUUUGCAUGACUGGUUUGGACAGGAACAAAGCUUCUGUCUUUUACAAACGAGAAUCGAGUUCGCCUCUUCUCAUGACUAAAACCUCUGGCAUACGAAAAAUCUUACCCGAAUCUGAAAUCUGCGACUUUGAGUUUGAGCCGUGUGGAUAUUCCAUGAAUUCCAUUGAGGGAAGGGCAAUUUCGACCAUUCACGUCACGCCGGAGGAUGGUUUUAGCUAUGCGAGCUUUGAGGCGGCCGGGUAUAAUUUGAAGCUCGUGGGUUUUGAACAGCUGGUCGAGAGGGUAUUGGCUUGCUUUAACCCGAGUGAGUUUUCUGUGUCUGUGCAUGUCGAGUUUGGCGGGAAGUUGGUUGAAGAUUUUUGUGGGCUGCUGGAUUUUAAUGGUUAUGUUUCUGAUGAGAUGAGUCUGAAGGAGCUGGGAUUUGGUGGGUCGAUUGUGUACCAUAAGUUUGUGAGGGCUAAAGCAUUUUGUGGGUCACCCAGGUCAACUCUCAAGUGUUAUGGGGGUGAGGAUACUGAAGAAGAGGAAGAAAAGGAGUAG